CCGGCACAUUACGAGUCCUCAUAUCGACCCAAUUGAUUUAAUAAACAUCAUUAGCAGAGGCUACUUGCAACCACCUUGCAGAGACAGACAUCAUGGCUCCUUCCGGAGAGCAGGAAAUCAUCUGGAAUGCGGCUAACGAUCGCAAACUCUUGCUCGUAAUCCUAUCGAUCCAGGACGUAAAGCCCGACCGCGAGGCUCUAGUGAAGGUUAUGACGACUGAAGACUCCAAGCUUACUGCGUCGCCUUAGCGGCACGCCUGCGGAAGCUCAAAGCUAUGUCG